GACGCGCUGAGCGAACAAAAGGGGCAUUCCAAGCUGCCGGCCCCUUUUUUCCCUCAGCCCAAUUUCACAUGACGCAACGGUUGGAGGAAGCGGUUCGCGAGCCGUAGCCGCCGCCGCCGCCAUUUUGUGAGCGUUGAGACUUGAGCCGGCGGUGGUCGGAAGCGCAUCGGCGAUCCGGACGGCAUUAGCAGCGUCAUUAAGCAGCCAGGAUGCGGUAGAGGAGCCCAGCGGCAGCGGAGGGGGGGAAGCGUCGCUCGGCGGCGGAGGCGGCAGGGGAAUCGCAGAGAGGGGGCCGUCGGUCGGUGGGUCGGGUCCUGGUGCGGGCCCCGGUUGGAGGAACAUGUCGGCCCCGGAGAGCAGCGCUGGUAGCAGCGAGGCCCGGGAGGACACGUGCCGCGAUUACCAGUCAUUGUUGGAGGACCUGACGUUCAACAGCAAACCUCACAUCAACAUGCUGACCAUCCUGGCCAAGGAGAACGUGCCCUUCGCCAAGGACAUCGUCUCCCUGAUCGAGGCGCAAAUCGCCAAGGCUCCUGCGUCAGAGAAGCUUCCUGUUAUGUACCUUAUGGAUUCCAUUGUCAAGAAAGUUGGAAGAGAGUAUCUUACUGCAUUUACUAAAAACCUAGUUGCAACAUUUAUUUGUGUAUUUGAAAAGGUGGAUGCAAAUACUAGGAAAAGUUUAUUUAAAUUACGCUCCACAUGGGACGAUAUUUUUCCUUUGAAGAAACUGUAUGCACUUGACGUCAGAGUCAACUCAUUAGAUCCUGCUUGGCCAAUUAAACCUCUGCCCCUAAAUGUGAAUACUUCUAGCAUCCAUGUGAAUCCUAAGUUUUUAAAUAAAUCGCCAGAGGAAUCUACUGCAUCUACCUCUGCUGUCACUUCUGGUGCCUCUACUCCUCCAGCUGUUCCAGAAAUACAAAAGAAUUUGACACAGGAGCAACUGAUAAGGCAGCAAUUGCUUGCGAAGCAAAAACAGUUGUUAGAACUUCAGCAAAAAAAGUUAGAGCUGGAGUUGGAACAGACUAAAGCACAGUUGGCUGUUUCUCUUAGUGUUCAGCAAGGAUCAUCUUCUAUACCUUCAGUUCCAGCGCCUUCCAAGCCACAUGUGUCCCAGACACCUCACAUGGCCGUUAAGACGCCUACUCAGGCUUCGUUACAGUCUGAGAAGAUCAAACCAUCCCCAAGUCCUCCACUUCACGAUGUCAAAAUAGUAAAUAGAGAUCCUCGACUUAAUAGAAUGUCACAACAUUCUUCUCAUGCUAAAGAUCAGUCCCAUAGGAAAGAAUUUCCACCAAGCGCAUCUGGUCAGUCUGAUACCAAGGCGAGCAAAACAUCCCAGUCUGAAAAACAAAGCUCAACAAAGCCAGAGAAAAUGAAAGCAGGUGAAAAACCACAAAAGAAAGAACCUGAUCAGUUGGAAACGAAGUCUAAAUCUCCAUCUCCUUUGAAAAACAAGCUUCCAAAUACUAAAGAUACUAAAACCCAAGAAUCUGAAAGCACAAAAGUAUCUGAAAUGAGUAAACGGGAUCCAAGACUGAAAAAACAUCUUCAAGAAAAGCCAGAGAGCAAAGGGGAUGAGGUGAAAGAAAAGAGGAGAAAUACAGAGAAAAGAAAAGAUGAGCAUAAGACAUCUGAGCAUAGACCAGUAGGCAGCAGGAAUAAAACAAUUAAUGGUGUUGUCCAGAAACAAGACGUGACUACAGAAGAAUCAGAAAAACAGGGUGGAAAACAAGGGAGAUCCAGUAAUAGAAAACGGUCACGAUCCCCGUCUCCUAAGUCACGGUCACCAUCUACACAUUCUCCAAAACGAAGAGAGAGGAGAUCACCCAAAAGAAGACUCAGGAGUUUAUCUCCCACUUCUUCAACUCCUAAAAUUGGAAAGAUAUGCCAGAUUGGCGCUGAACAGUCUCAUGCUGAAGAAGCCUCACAAGGGGCAAGAGAUGAAAGAAAUUCUAAAAGCGAAAAUGUAAACAAGAGGGUGCGAGAUCCAAGGGAGGGUGAAAAAAAGCCAAGAAGACAGGCCCCAAGAAAACAGCAAGCCAGCAUUUCUACAAAAGGUUCUCCUGAUCCAAAGGAGAAUGCAGAGAAUUGGCAGGGAUCCAAAGCAGGCAAAGAGUGGAAACCCGGUUGGGAGGAAAAUAAAAACUCUCAGCAGACUGAAGAACACCAAGCAGUUGGUAAAUCCCCUCACCAACAACACCGAGAAAACUGGCCUGCUGCUAAAGGAAUUCUGUCACCCCGAGCACCGAAACAGCAACACCGGUUAAGUGUGGAUGCCAAUUUGCAAAUUCCCAAAGAACUGACGUCUGCAAGCAAGAGAGAAUUACUUAAAAAGGCCAAUGACCGCUUAGCAUCUGGUGAAAUAACACAAGACGAGUUCCUUGUGGUAGCUCAUCAGAUUCGACAGCUGUUCCAGUACCAGGAAGGAAAGCACAGAUGUAAUGUGUGGGAUAGCCCUACAGAUGAAAAAGGCUCUUUGAAAAGGAAGCCUCUUCUGUCGGAUGCGGAGUUAACAUACUAUGAGCAUAAAACUAAACUGAAGAGGACACAAGUUCAGCAUUCAUUGUCAAGACUUGAUCUCUUGGAUCCUGAUGAUAUUUUGGAUUAUCAUGUACCUGAUGCAUUGCUCUCUGUGGACUGUGAGCAAGCGAAAGCAAAGUGUGGAGUGCAGUUUGAAAGAAAAGAACCCUUUGGAGAAAGAUCAAGACGGCACUCUCCUGUAAGUGGCACCAGCAGACCCUUUGCUGAUAACCUUUCACCUCUGGAGGGUCGACAAAGGCUUGAGGAACAAAAUGCUACUAAAGGAGGAAGAGGUUCAAAAAACUUCGACCCUUACGACAACUGGGGAGAAUCAGAUGAAUUCAGAGAUGCUCUCAGACAGCAGGGAAAAGGUACAACAGAGUUCCAGAAGAUCGAUGGUGAUGCAGUCUGUAGGUUUGAUAACCGUGAAGAAAGACAGCUGCUUGGGAAAUCUGGUGUUCGAGAUGAACCAAGAUCACCAUUCAAUGAACGUUUCAAAAGAGCUAGAUACGAAGAUCCAGAUAAAGAACCAUUUCCUGACAGUCCAGGGUCAAGAUUUGGAGGCAUAGAAGCAAAGCCGAGAAUAAGUGCACUAAUGGAAGACAGACCUUUAUUUGAUGGCUCAUCUAGACCAUCUGCUGCAAGAGUUGGGGCAGAUGGACAAGGAAGUCCUUUUAUCGAUAGCCCUACUGCUGGUUCAAGUUCUAGAAUUGAUGGACCGACUGGACAAGCUGCUCUGAGAUUUGAGGGCCCUUUGGUGGGGGCAGGUGCUUCUCAGUUUGAUGGGCCCCUGGCAGGAGCAGGGGGAGCUGGAUCCCUAAGAUUUGAUGGGCCACCAGGGCAGCUGGCAGGGGCUCUCAGGUUUGAAGGACCUCACGGACAGGUUGGUGGGGGAGGUCCUUUGAGGCUUGAGGGACCUCUUGGACCAUUGCGGUUUGAGGGGCCUGCAGGCCAGCCUGUUGGUGGUCCUAGAUUCAAAGGACCUGGAGUUGGUCUCAGGUUUGAGGGACCCCGUGGUCAGCCUUCAGGUGGUCUCAGGUUUGAGGGACCUCAUGGUCAACCUCUGGGGCCUCAUGGUCAAGGUGGUCUCAGGUUUGAGGGUCCGCAUUUACAGCCAUUGGGGCCCCAUGGUCAACCUGGAAGCGGCCUCAGAUUUGAGGGGCCACAUGGGCAGCCAGGUGUAGGGCCCAGGUUGAUUGAUGGACCAGUGCACCAGGGCGUUGGUGGACUUAGAUUUGAUGGUCCUAUGGGACGGACCGGUCCGAGAUUUGAUGGCUGUCAUGCUGGCUUUGAUGGUCAACCUGGACAACUGUCUCUUUUGCAAAGAUUUUAUGGAAUUCAUGGACAGCCCGGCCCAAGAUUUGAAAGGGCUCCUGGCCAGCCCGCACAGCCACGAUUUGAUGCAGCCAUACCUCAAAGAUUUGAUGGCCCUCACCAGCCUGCCUCAAGAUUUGACCUGCCCCUUGGCCUUCAUGGUUCACGUUUUGAAAUAGCUAGCCAUCCUGCCUCACGAUUAGAGAUGUCGCCAUAUGGACAAAGUGGUCCGUUUGUUGACCCACCCGGACAGGGCUACAGCGGACCAGCUCAUGGAAUGCAGUUCCAAAGGCCUGAAAUGUUUGACAGUUCACUAGGACCAAAUUUCAGUGGGCCAGCUGGCCCAGGAGCACAGAAUUUUGCAUUGAGAGCAUCCGGACAUUACUUUGACGACAAACUUCAAGGUUCACAAUACGGAAACUUCAAUAAUAUGUCAAUGGGAGGUCAUCAGGUUUCGCACAUGUCUGCUCAGACAGGACCUUAUGGCCAAGGUCAACAGUAUCUACCAAAUCCUGGAAGCUUUGUUCAGAACCCUGCAGGAGGAGCAGUUCCACAUUCAUAUCCUGAUAACCACGUUGGUCAGCUCGAUGUCAACGAAUUGUUUGCUAAACUGUUGUCGACAGGAAUCCUCAAACUGUCAAAAACGGAUUCCACUUCAGCACAAGCGAAUGAAACAUCGGCGCAGCCAGCUGCUGAAGAGGAGGAUGAUGACCAGGGUGAUCACGAUGUCCCAGACCUCACGAACUUUAAAGUUGAAGAACUCAGUCAGCGUUAUGAUAGUGUUAUAAAUCGACUAUACACUGGAAUUCAGUGCUGCUCGUGUGGAAUGAGAUUUACUACUUCAAAGACAGACGUUUAUGCAGACCAUUUAGAUUGGCACUAUCGCCAGAACCGUUCGAAAAAAGACGUUCGCCGAAAAAUUACACACAGAAGGUGGUACUACAGCGUAACGGAUUGGAUUGAGUUUGAAGAAAUAGCCGACCUAGAGGAGCGUGCAAAAAGCCAGUUCUUUGAAAAAGCUGCAAAAGAAAAGCAGUUUCAGAGUGUGCCUGCUGGACCAGCUGGAGCAGUUGAGAGGUGUGAAAUCUGCCGGGAGCAGUUUGAGCAGUACUGGGAUGAGGAAGAGGAAGAGUGGCAUCUAAAGAAUGCUAUCAGAAUGCAUGAGAAGAUUUUCCAUCCAUCCUGCUAUGAAGAUUACCAAAACACAUCAUCAUCUGAUUGCACACCCUCUCCCAGCAAGACCCCUGUAGAAAAUCCCCUACAUAUUAUGUUGAACAUUGUUAAACAGGAAACGGAUGAGUCCUGUGACUCACCUCAAGUGAAAGAAGAACCUGAUGGCACCCCUGCUGCCUGUGCAGAAGAGAGCACACCUGCCUCUAUAGAUGUUAAAACAGAACCAGAUGAGUCUGUUUAGAAUGAGGUUUGAUUUUUUUUUUUUACAGAAGAGCUCCUGUGUUAAUUCUGGAAAGCAGAUACUUUUUAUAGGAAAUAAAAAGCAUUCAAAUUGAGGCAGGGCCUCAGCGACUGUUUGGUUAAUAAAUACAUUUUUGUAUUUAAAUUUCUUAUUGCCUGCACUGUUUCAGGUGUCAUUGUGUGAAAAUUCUGUAGAUGCGUGAAAAAUUUAAUGGAAUGAAAUUGUAUAUGUAAAAAAUGUACAAUUUUCACUUGUGGAAAUGUAAAUUAUAAAUAAAACCUAUUUUUGCUAUAUACGGGGAGUGUAAUGUUUAUGCACACCAUCAAACAAAGACAGCGUUUCUGUACUUUUUUCAGUUUAAAUGGAAAUAAAAAGACCUCAGUUUUAAACCUGUUGCUGAAUCAGAUUCAGAAAAGUAAAAGCAAGCAACUUCCUUCAGUUAUUUCAUAAGCGGGUGAUCAAGGGAAGCAAUGCUGGGACUUCUCAAGAUAAAAUCCUAGAUUUCUUCUUAACCUUAACUUGAACAAUCUUUUACAUAUCCAGAUGUUAAAACAAGUAACCAUAAGACCGUUUUGGGUAGAAAUGCCAGAAUUUAACAAAGCAACCAGAGUUGCUCAGUUGUGAACACAAGUGCCAACAGACCAUUAACAAACCAGGAUGCCUGGUAGCUGAGACAUCUUCAAUGAUAUAUUUUCCCAUUAGUCACACAUAAGAGUUUAAUACAGCUGGACAAACUUUUCUUUACAGGGGAGGUAUGAAUCUAAGAAUGCUCAUUUGAAGUUUUUUUUAAUUUUUUUUUUUUUAAUUUUUUCGUUGCUUAUGACUGAAUUUAGGUGAUAAACCAGAUAUCCUGAGAUGUUAAUAUUUCUUAAAUGUAAUAAAUAAAAUUGAAGCAUA